AGGUACGGUAAUCCAAUGCCGCAGCCCGGCUUGACUGGUGUGAUUAUCAUGCAAAGUUUGCCAUUGCCCGACUGCCGGCUUUCUCAUGAUCUUCUUCUCAGACCUUCAAUAAGUCAACUUCCUGGCUCCUUCAGAGCAGCCGCUGAGACUCGUACGAGAUUGCCCACACCGCUCUGAAAGAAACGUGGGGUGGAGUCCAUCAUGGCUAGUGGAGGUGCCGUCCAGGAGAAGAUGCAGCACAUGAAGGAGGGCGCCAAGGAAACGAUGAAGAAAGCAACGCAUCCAUUCGACACCCACAAGAAGGCGGAAGAUCAUGGCCAGGCUGAGGCUGCCAAGGCUCAGGCUACCAAUGCCCGGGAGGAAAGGAACAUGCAGCGAGCAGAGGGGCAACAUCAACCGAAUCAGGAAAGGAGUUUCGGGACUGGGGGGUCCAAUCCUCCUACCGUAGCGGGGGAGAAUACCAACACGUCUCAAGGCGACCCUUCUGCCCGGGACCCAGCAACCAGCCCGGAGAUCGAGGCCGAGACGUACCAACCGAGCAGCCUCGAUCAGCCGAGCGGAGGCGUGAAGGGGGCGGUAAAAAAGGCAGUCAAUAAGCUAACCCCGGGGGACGGGAUUGCGGGCCCGAACGCGGCGAUGACGGAAGGGUCAGGGCCAAGUUCGGCGAUGGGGUCCAAUGGGAAUGUAGCAUGAGUAACGGUUUGGUCUUAAGUAGAACGCCUGAGCGGCCGAGAGCAUUGGAUCUAGAUUCGAAGCUAUACAUCGUUCACGAUUGCAAACCUGAAGUCAACCUCCCUUUACAAAGUGUUAGUGGUAGAUGCCGAUCCUGAAGCUCGAGAGCAAUAUGAUUAAAUAGAUGAUUUCCAGGUAUUGUCAAUUGUCAGGAACGGGGAUUCCAACUCGAUGCCUCAGAAAUAACCCCAUUGUCGGAUUCGCGAGGUAUAAGCGCGAGAACGGUCGAAUCACUGCCGACUCAUUCGAUCAGAUUCUAGCUUUUGUCUUGGACUCCCUAGCUAGCAUUCAUAGAUUCCGACAUUCCGGCCGAUGCUCCUUUCUCACUGCUUGACGAAUAAAAGGUUCUUUGAGUCUGCUUGUACUAGUGCA